UUGAGCCUCGAAGUAAAAAAGCCCAAGAAAACUGUGACCAAGCAUUUUCCCGCCACAACGCGAGCAAGAGGCUCCAUGUUCCCGCCAAAUGCAAAGCCCUAGUUAGCGGCAAAAAAAAGGAACCACCACCCUCCUUUUCUUCUAUUCUUCUAAAUCUCUCUCUCUCUCUUUCUAUUUGUUAUCAGAGGCUUCGAUACGACAAUGGAUUUGAGCGAGGAAGUUAGGGCAGCUCACAAGCGAGAAUUCUCCGAUUUCUUAGAUCAAGAUGUUGGAAAGGGCAUAUACAUGGACGAAAUCAAAACCCUAAUCAACCACAAGCGUCACCGCCUCAUCGUCAACAUCUCCGAUCUUCACAACUUCCGCGACUUGGGUAACAGGAUUCUGAGGAGUCCAAGUGAGUACAUGCAGCCGUUCUGUGACGCGGUCACGGAGGCUACUCGUGCUAUCGAUCCCAAGUAUUUGAAGGAAGGGGAACAAGUGCUUGUUGGAUUUGAAGGCCCUUUUGUUUCUCGCCGUGUCACGCCCAGGGAACUUCUCUCUGAAUUCAUAGGUUCCAUGGUCUGUAUUGAGGGCAUUGUCACUAAAUGUUCUCUUGUAAGGCCGAAGGUUGUUAAAAGUGUUCAUUUUUGCCCCACCACGGGAAGCUUCACUUCUCGCGAAUAUCGUGAUAUUACAUCUAAUUUGGGAUUGCCCACAGGAUCUGUUUACCCUACAAGGGAUGAAAAUGGCAACUUACUCGUGACUGAGUUUGGAUUGUGCAAAUACAAAGAUCAUCAAACUUUGUCCAUUCAAGAAGUUCCUGAGAAUUCUGCUCCUGGUCAACUCCCAAGAACAGUGGAUGUCAUUGCAGAAGACGAUCUUGUUGAUUCUUGCAAGCCUGGAGAUCGAGUGGCAAUUGUGGGGAUAUAUAAGGCUCUUGCAGGGAAAAGCAAAGGCAGUGUGAAUGGAGUAUUCAGGACUGUUCUCAUAGCCAACAAUGUUUCUCUUCUCAACAAAGAGGCUAAUGCACCAAUCUACAGUGCUGAAGAUGUCAAAAACAUUAAAGAGAUAGCUGCAAGAGAUGAUGCAUUUGAUCUGCUAAGUAAUUCACUUGCACCUUCUAUAUAUGGGCAUUCUUGGAUAAAGAAAGCAGUGGUUUUGUUGAUGCUUAGUGGGGUGGAGAAGAACUUAAAGAAUGGCACUCACUUGCGAGGUGACAUCAACAUGAUGAUGGUUGGCGAUCCCUCUGUUGCCAAGUCUCAACUCUUGAGAGCAAUUAUGAACAUUGCUCCCUUGGCCAUAUCAACUACAGGCCGGGGUUCUUCUGGGGUUGGUUUGACAGCCGCAGUUACUUCAGAUCAAGAAACAGGGGAAAGAAGGCUUGAAGCUGGGGCAAUGGUGCUUGCUGACAGAGGUGUUGUCUGCAUUGAUGAAUUUGACAAGAUGAAUGAUCAAGAUCGUGUUGCUAUACAUGAAGUUAUGGAGCAGCAGACCGUGACUAUUGCCAAAGCUGGUAUCCAUGCUUCACUGAAUGCCCGAUGCAGUGUGGUUGCAGCUGCAAAUCCCAUAUAUGGAACUUAUGAUCGUUCAUUGACUCCAACCAAAAAUAUCGGACUCCCAGACUCCUUGCUUUCUCGAUUUGAUCUACUUUUUAUUGUGUUGGAUCAAAUGGAUCCUGAUAUUGAUCGUCGAAUAUCAGAGCAUGUCCUUCGUAUGCAUCGAUUUCGUUCUGCUGUUGAUGGAGGUGAGGCAGCACUUGAUGGGAGCUCAAGAUAUGGAAGAGAAGAUGAAGCUGAUAUGGACUCAUCUGUCUUUGUCAAAUAUAACAGAAUGUUACAUGGGAAGAAAACUGGAAGAGGUCAAAAACGUGAUACGCUUACAAUUAAGUUUCUUAAAAAAUUUAUCCACUAUGCUAAGCAUAGGAUUCAACCUGAACUGACUGAUGAGGCAUCUGAGAACAUUGCCACGGCCUAUGCUGAUCUCAGAAAUUCAAGUUCAAAUGCAAAGACUGGAGGAACACUUCCCAUAACUGCCAGAACUUUAGAAACCAUAAUACGUCUCUCAACAGCUCAUGCCAAAUUGAAGUUGAGCAGAGAGGUUUCUAAGUCUGAUGUUGAAGCAGCUUUGAAGGUUCUAAAUUUUGCAAUAUAUCACAAAGAACUGACAGAAAUGGAGGAGCGUGAGCAAGAGAGGGAGAGAGAGCUGGACAGGAAGCGCAAGGCUGAUCAUGAUGAAAAUGAUGGUCCUGAUCGUGGUCCUAAAGAUAGAAGAGGUCCUAAAGAUAAAAGAGGGCCAACAUCAACGGAUGCCAUGGAAGUAGAUGAUAACUCAGCAACUCAAGCUGCUGUCGGACCCACCCCUGAAAGAAUUGAAGAAUUUAAUUCUCUAUUUAAUCAGCAUAUGCAUGCCAACCGCCUGGAACAAAUAACUAUUGCAAACUUAGGGAAUGUUAUCAACAGAGGGCAAGAUCCACCACCUUACAGUGCUGCAGAUAUACUACUCCUAUUAGAGAGGUUGCAAGACGACAAUAGAGUCAUGAUAACUGAUGGAGUGGUGCAUAUGAUAUCAUAAAAUGUAAGAUUGUUGCACAAUCUCUUGACGAAUAUUCAGACUGGGAGCAGAAUUUGCCUGCCAGGGUAGCUUCAUCUUACGCCGGAGGAAGGAGACUUGAGAAGGAUUUGCAAUUUUCAGAGUUUGUCUAUUUACUUGCUAUCUGGGAGUUCUUUGCUAACACUUCAACAAGGAAAUAGCCUAUGUGAUUGCAUUGGCAUACUCUUCAUAGAAUUCUUUAUAAUGACCUUUAUCAUCCCUUAGUUUUUCUUGUUUUGUCCAUAAUUUGAUACUGGCCUUGUCUUUUAUGUAUUUCAGUGCUCCUAACUGCCAACUAUGCGUGUAAACAAGGCUUUAGAAAUGACUAUUUUUGGUCUCCAUAAUUUUAAGUCCUGCCUUCCUUUUGGCAAAUGGUAUCUGGAUUUUAA